AUGGGCGCGGCGGGCUCGGCUGCUGCUCAGCAGCUGCCGGACCUGCCAGAGGUGGCGCUCGACCUGGGGGCCCCGAAUUGGGGCGCGUGCGCGGCCGCGGCGGCGGACGCGCUGGAUGGGGUCGUGAAAGUGCAGCAGGCGCUCGGGGAGGGCAAGGCGGCGCAGGCGGCGGCGGUGAGCUAUGUGGGCGGCAUGGUGUCCCGCCGCAGCACAAACCAGGUGAUGUCAUUUGUCGUGUUCACGUACUCCAUGCUUCGCCGCAGCUGCCAGAGCAACCGCGUCGCCGCCGCCCUCGAGUGUGUGCGGUGGCUGGCCGGGCAGGGGGGCGCCAAAGCAUCUGGCGACGACGCGGUUGGCUGCCUGCAGCAGGCGCACAUGGUGGGUGACGGCUGA